CGUCCCUUACGAAAGUAAUGAUCCUAUGCGUAAAGCUGACAUAAGAUACCUUUUCACCAAGCUGUAUGAUAACACCCCAGCAAACCCCAGAGAAGUCAGUCAUUUUUCCGCAAAGUCAACCCAGCUCGCAGAAUAUCUCUCACCAAUCCCAUACCCCCGCAAAACCCACAAAGUUUUAUUUCCUCGCCCCCAAAUUUCACUGCUUUUUAAGCAUACAAACUAUUGCCAAAGAAGGAACCCGCAGUAUUAUCAGAGAAAAUAUACAUAUGAAACGAAUCUUAAAUUUCAACAGUUCCUCCCGCGAUGCUUUCGCGUUACACAGUCUAUCCCAUCGUCCGAUAGUAGGUUGAGUACAGUACAAGUACUCGUGCUUGUACUCACUCACACACCAAUCAGGUACCAGUACUCGAGUAUCCUGGCACGCCGUGGUCGACUCACCACCAUCCCUCCAGC